CAAACUCUCAUCUUUGAGUUUCUUCUAUUAAAAUCAAAUUGUUAGGUUUAGUUUCAGGUUUUAUAGUUUCUUAUUUUGUUUAUUAAAUUUUUAAUAAUCUAAUUUAAUUAUGACGAUGAUAAGUAAAAUGUGAUUGUUUAUCUUAUUUGUAAAAAUAUAAAAUCAGAAGUAAGUUUUUUAUAAUAUAUGGUUUAAUAUUGUUAAUUUAUAUCAAGUACAUUAUCUUUAGCAGUUUUAUUUGUUACAUUAUAAAACAUUUUUAUAUUAUUUUUAAUAGGUCAUGUCCAUUCCACCUUUUAUGCUGGGUGGAAACCCAUGGGCCCAAAUGAUUGUUCAGCAACAACAACAACAAAUUGCUGUUGUGCAAGCUCAAGCACAGGCCCAAGCAGCCCAUGCACAAGCAGCUGCCGUACAUGCUCAUAUGCAUGUUGCCCAACAAAUGGCAAUGCAUCAAAUGUCGUCAGUCCCGCCUCAUAGAAUACCUGAACCAUUGAGCGAAGAAAAAUUGCAAGAAAAAUGUAAAUUGCAGCAAAUCGCUUAUAAAUAAAUUGUAAUUAAUUCUUGUUAACUUCUUUUAUGUAGCUCAAAAAUGGCAACAAAUUCAAUCUAAAAGGUUUGCACCUAAACGUAAAUUUGGUUUUGUUGAUGCGCAAAAAGAAGAUAUGCCUCCAGAACACAUCCGUAAAAUAAUCAGAGAUCAUGGUGAUAUGAGUAGUCGUAAAUAUCGUCAUGAUAAAAGAGUUUAUUUAGGGUAUGUUAUGUAAUCAAAAUAAUACUUUUAUUUAUAAAAAAAAAAUUUUAAAAACAUCUGAUAUUCAACUAGAUUAUUUAAGAUUUUUUAUAAGUUUUAUUUAUAAAAGUGCUUAAUUCAGUUUAAAAAACCAAACAUGUAAUUCAUACAAUCAGUUAUGAAAAGAAAAUGUAUUAUAUUUUUUUUUAAUAUUUACUUAAAAUGUACUAUCUUUAACAAAGACCAAUAAGUAUAACUAAUUUUGUAUUAAAAUAUUAAAACAUUCUGAGAAGAGAAAAAGUUGUUAUUUUCAUUAUUCAAAUUAUUUAGUUAAUUUCAGUAAUUAAUCUAAUUAAAUAAAUAUUAAAUUAUGCAAUUUAAUAUUCAAUUGAGAAUUAAUUUUCUAUAAUAUGUGACUAAUUAAUAUUAUAAUUUUAGAGCUCUGAAGUAUAUGCCACAUGCUGUUUUAAAGUUAUUGGAAAAUAUGCCCAUGCCAUGGGAACAAAUUCGUGAUGUCAAGGUUUUAUAUCAUAUAACUGGUGCAAUUACAUUUGUAAAUGAAAUACCGUGGGUUAUUGAACCAGUUUAUAUUGCUCAGUGGGGGUAAGAUUCUUUUUCAAUUAUUAAACAAUUUAAAUGUCUUUAAUUAACAAUUUAAAUGAUUUAUUAUUUGUUUUUAUUUAAGAACUAUGUGGAUAAUGAUGAGAAGAGAAAAACGUGAUAGGCGUCAUUUUAAACGAAUGCGUUUUCCUCCAUUUGACGAUGAAGAACCGCCAUUAGAUUAUGCUGACAAUGUUUUAGAUGUUGAACCAUUGGAAGCUAUUCAAAUAGAUUUAGAUACAGAAGAAGAUGCUGCUGUAGCUAAAUGGUUUUAUGAUCAUAAACCACUUGUUAACACAAGGUAUUCAUUAUUUAAUAUUAAUACAAUAAGGGGCAGUAUUAAAUCAUCAGUUACAUAUUACUAAGAGUUUAUUAAUAAGACAGUCUGUAAGAAGGAAAAAUCAGUAUUACAAACUCCCGUUUGCUAACUGCCAGUUAAGCUUACCAACCAAUUUUGGCUGGUUACAAAAUGUAACUGAGCAAUAAACCACUCUGUUAACUGUUAGAGUUCCUUUACACGAAGCCACUAGGCAGCGCUACUUAGCAGCGCUGCUUUUGGAAAAAAACUUUAUAAACAAAUGGCCUCAAUUACAAUCUCUUGAACAUACCUGGUAAGAUCUUAUGUUCUAUCCAUGUUUUUAUUAUCUAUGACUAUAAUACUUAUUUUAUGGAAACAGACUAUUACUAUGUUAGCCCUGGUUAUCUAAAUAAUAGUUAAUGGUCCAUUACGUAAUCAGAGUUAUAACUGAUUAUUGUAAUAAUAGCCCUUAAAAAAUAAAUUCAAGUUUUAUAUAAAAUAUCAAUUAUCAUUAAUUUUAUUUAUUUGUAGACAUGUAAAUGGAUCUACAUAUCGUAAAUGGAAUUUAACUUUACCACAAAUGGCUACAUUAUAUAGAUUAGCAAAUCAACUUUUAACUGAUCUCGUUGAUGAUAAUUAUUUUUACUUAUUUGACCCAAAGUCAUUUUUUACUGCUAAAGCAUUAAACAUGGCUAUUCCAGGAGGACCUAAAUUUGAACCACUUAUCAAGGAUUCAAAUCCAGCGUAAGUUUUAACAUAAAUUAUAGCUACUUAAAAUAUUUUAAUACUUAAACAUUUAUUUUAUUAUUUAGUUUUGUUCGUGAUGAAGAUUGGAAUGAAUUUAAUGACAUUAAUAAAAUUAUUAUACGACAACCAGUAAGAACUGAAUACAGAAUUGCAUUUCCAUACUUGUACAAUAACUUACCUCAUUAUGUUCAUUUAUCUUGGUGAGUUUAAGUUUAAGUACAUUUUUUUUAAAGUAUUACAGUUAUUAUUUAAAAAUAACUAAAUCAAACACAUAAGUUUUGAAAACAUCAUAAAAUUAUUUGUUGUUUUUACUAAUGUGUGUAAAAUCAAGUUUACAUAAUCGUUGUAGCUAGUAAGAUAAAGUUAAUCUUAAUUUGGCGCUGAUAGUUAUGAACAAUAUUUAUGAUUAAUUUAAUGUAUUUAUUUUAGUUCUUAAUUCUUUUAAUUAAAUAUUUACUUAAACAAAUAAUACAAAAAUAGUUCAGCAAUUUGAAAAAUUAAUGUAUAUGUGAAAUAUAUUUUUUUAUCCUACAAUUGAAAUUUUUGUUUAUUUUAAAUUAUUUAAAUAUAAAUUCAGAUUCCUAUGUAAAAAUAUUUGUUAAGCUAUGAUGAGCUGCGUAGGGGCUCUGAAAUUGGAUGCAGAAUGAUGCCCAACUGUUGGUUUUUAAAUGGAUUUCAUCUGUGAUGUGUCCGUUUUAAAAUCAAUUGGAAUAUGCGCUUAACUGAGUAUUUAGUUUGUUAUGAUGAUUUGCACAGGGGCCUGACCUGUAAUAAUGAAUACAGACAGAUAAUAUUUAUAUUUAACGUGGUCUGUGAUCUGUUAUUGUAUAUAUUAUCUGGAGAAUUAGCAAUCUGAACAAAUUAUGUAGACAAAUAUUAUAAUUUUUUUUAAGACAUGAAAAUCAAAUAUAUAAAUGUAUAAUAAUUAAGUAAGAUUUUAUCUUGUUACUUAUAUUUAUAGAACAAGAUAGUAAUUAUUUUGAUUAAGCUACUGUUAAAAUCUUAUAGUUUUUCAUUUUUACUCUAUUUGUUUUUGAAUUAAUAUUUCAAAUAAUAGUUAUUAAAAAUAAAAAUUUAAAAUACGCUUGUUAUAUAUAUAUAUAUAUGUUAAAGUAUUAUUAUUACUAUUAAAUAAUUCAAAUGUAAAAGUAAUGCUUUUUAACAAGUUAGAGAAAUAUUUAUAUUAUAUAACAAGUAUUUUAUUUGUAUUGUAUGAUCAUUUUGUUUGUAUUUAUAAUAUUUGUAUUUAUAAUAUUUGUAUUAUUAAUGUUUAGGUAUCAUGCGCCAAAUGUUGUGUAUAUUAAAACGGAAGAUCCAGAUCUACCAGCAUUUUAUUUUGAUCCCUUAAUUAAUCCCAUAUCUCAUAGACAUUCAGUCAAGGUAUUUAUUUUUUAAAUUAUAAAGAACUAUUCUUCUAUUUUUUAUUAAUUAUUAAAAUUAAACUAAUUUAUUAUAUUGAAAUUGUUAAACUUUUGAAUUGAAUUCAUUGGAAGCUACGGGAACUUUACAUUUUUUUUUUUAAAUUAAAUUUGUUUAAUAUAAAUUUUCAAUGUCCAAUAUAUUUUUUAUUCUAAAUUUUCAUUGCUAAAUUAAAAUUUAAUGAAUUGUAAAAAAAAAAAAAUAAUUAUAACAUAUUUUAAUUCUUAUUUUUUAAAAAAAAAAGAAAUAUUAAUUCAAUUCAACCAUUAUUAUCAUUCAUAAUUAUAGAUUAAUGAACCUGUAUUUGAUGAUGAUGAAGAAUUUGAAUUACCACCAGAAGUACAACCAUUUUUACAAGAAACACCUGUUUACACUGAUAACACAGCAAAUGGUAUUGCUUUAUUGUGGGCGCCUAGACCAUUUAAUAUGCGUUCUGGUUAGUAUAUUUGUUUAAAAUUGAGUUAGACAUUUUAUUACUGUAGAUACCCAGCAUGUUUUAAUUUUAUUAUUUUUAGGCCGAUGUAGAAGAGCUAUCGAUGUUCCUUUAGUUAAGAGUUGGUAUAGAGAACAUUGUCCACCUGGGCAACCUGUUAAAGUGCGUGUCAGCUAUCAAAAACUAUUGAAGUAUUAUGUAUUAAAUGCUUUGAAACAUCGACCACCUAAACCACAAAAAAAAAGGUUUAUAUUAGUAUACUAUUUAAUUUUGUUUGGUUCAUUUUUUUUUAUUAAUAUAUGUGAUUAUUAGAUAUUUAUUCCGAUCAUUUAAGUUCACCAAAUUUUUCCAAACAACAACAUUAGAUUGGGUUGAAGCUGGUUUGCAAGUAUGCAGACAAGGAUAUAACAUGUUAAACCUUUUAAUUCACCGUAAAAAUCUUAAUUAUUUACAUCUGGAUUACAAUUUCAAUUUGAAACCAGUUAAAACACUAACAACAAAAGAGAGAAAAAAAUCUAGAUUUGGAAAUGGUAUUUAUUACUCAAAUUAUUAACUGAUAGUAUUUAAUUACGCUAACUAUCAUAUAAAUUAAUAACAAAAUUAUUUUAUUAGCUUUUCAUUUGUGUCGAGAAAUACUUCGAUUGACAAAAUUGAUUAUUGAUUCACAUGUACAAUACAGACUAAACAAUAUUGAUGCAUUUCAAUUAGCAGAUGGAUUGCAAUACGUAUUUGCACAUGUGGGGCAACUAACUGGAAUGUACCGUUAUAAGUACAAACUCAUGAGACAAAUACGAAUGUGCAAAGAUCUAAAACAUCUUAUUUAUUAUCGGUUUAAUACUGUGAGUAAUUUUAGUACCUUAAGUGAAUAAAAUUAUUAAAUUACAUUUUAUUUUAGGGUCCAGUAGGUAAAGGUCCAGGAUGUGGAUUUUGGGCACCUGGUUGGCGUGUAUGGUUAUUUUUUAUGCGUGGUAUAACUCCGUUAUUAGAAAGAUGGUUAGGUAAUUUACUGUCCCGACAAUUUGAAGGAAGACAUUCAAAAGGAGUUGCAAAAACUGUUACUAAACAACGCGUUGAAAGUCAUUUUGAUUUAGAACUUCGUGCUUCUGUAAAUAUUUUAUCAUAAUUUUUUUUUAAUAAUAAUUUUAUUCUAAAUAAUAAUUGUUUUAGGUCAUGCAUGAUAUAGUAGAUAUGAUGCCAGAAGGUAUUAAACAAAAUAAAGCUAGAACAAUUUUGCAACAUUUAUCUGAAGCUUGGAGAUGUUGGAAAGCUAAUAUUCCAUGGAAGGUAAAUAAUUAUUUAAUAGAUUUAAUCAAAUAAAAUAUUUAUAAUUUUUUAUUUGUUAUUAGGUUCCUGGAUUACCAACACCAAUUGAGAAUAUGAUUUUACGAUAUGUAAAAAUGAAAGCUGACUGGUGGACAAAUACAGCUCAUUAUAAUAGAGAACGUAUUCGUAGAGGGGCUACAGUUGAUAAAACUGUUUGUAAAAAAAAUUUGGGUCGUUUGACUCGAUUAUACUUAAAAGCAGAACAAGAGCGACAACACAAUUAUCUUAAAGUAUGAUUUUUUUUUUUUUUUUUAUCAUUGUAAUAUUUCAUUUUCUAUUACAGGAUGGACCUUAUAUUUCUCCUGAAGAAGCUGUAGCAAUUUAUACAACAACUGUGCAUUGGCUAGAAUCACGACGGUUUGCUCCAAUUCCAUUUCCUCCGCUUUCAUAUAAACACGAUACAAAAUUACUUAUUUUAGCUCUUGAACGUUUAAAAGAAGCUUAUAGGUAAUUAUUAGUCCAAUUAAUAUUCUUUUACAAUUAUAUUAAAGAGGUAGAAGUAUUCUACGUCAUACUAAUUAUAACUUUAUUAGCGUUAAGUCUCGGUUGAAUCAAAGUCAAAGAGAAGAAUUGGGAUUAAUUGAGCAGGCUUAUGAUAAUCCUCAUGAAGCACUUUCAAGAAUUAAACGUCAUUUAUUAACUCAGAGGACAUUUAAAGAAGUAAGUUAUAUUUAGCCCUUUAUCAAUUCCUAAAUGAACAAUUUAUAAUUCAUUCUAAUAGGUUUUAUUGUGAUAUAUAUGAACUAUAUUUUUAUUAAACUAUGAUAAAUUAUGUUGAUUAUAGAAAAAUCACAAUUAUAAGUUUUGGAAACCUCAAGUUGUUUGUUGUUUUUACUCAUAUGUGUAAACUCAAAUUUUCUUAAUCUUUGUAGCUAGCUUAUUAAGAUAAUCUAAUUUGGUGUUUGUAUUCAAUCAUUAUGAACAAUAUAUUUAUGAGUUUUAUUUUCGUUUAUUUUAAUUUUUUAGUUCUUUUAGGAAUUAAAAUAAAUGUUUCAAUAUUUACCUAAAAAUAAUUAAAUAAAAGGUUAAGCAAUUUGAAAUGAAAAAUAUCUUUGUGUUAAUUCUUUUUUUUGGGAAAUUAUAUUGUUUUUGAUCAUACAUCUUGUUUGAAUUAAAUUAUUUGAACAUUCUAUAUUUAUUUGUAAACACGUUAUUUGUUUAGCUAUGAUGAAUAGCGUAGGGGCUCUGAUAUUGGAUGCAGAAUGAUGCCCAAAUAUUGGUUUUUAAAUGGAUUUCAUCUGUGAUGUGUCUGUUUUAAAAAUUGAUAAGAAUAUGCGCCUAACUGAGUAUUUAUAGUUAUGAUGAUUAGCACAGGGGUCUGAUAUCUGUAAUAAUGAAUACAGACAGAUAAUAUUUAUAUUUAACGUGGUCUGUGAUCUGUUAUUGUAUAUAUUAUCUGGAGAUUUACCCAUCUGAACACAUAUUAUAAUUUAUGAAAAUCAAAUUAAAAAAUUUAUAAUAAUUUAAGUAAGACUUUAUCUUGUUAUUUAUAUGUAUUAAACAAGAUAAUAAUUAUGUUAAUUAAGCUAUUGUUGAAAUAUUAUAGCUUUUCAUUUUACCAUGUCUUGCUCCACAUCAGUCAUUACAUUUUUAAUCAAUAUUUCAAAUAAUAAUCAUUAAAAAUUAAAAACUAUUUUUUUACACUUAUUAUAUAUUAAGUAUUACUAUUCAAUAAAUAUAAUGUAGUAAAACUUAUUUAAUAUGAUUUUCAUACAAAUUUCUUAGUUAAUUGUUUUUAAUAAUAAAUUUAAUAGUGUGUUUUCAUUUUUAGGUUGGAAUAGAGUUUAUGGAUUUAUAUUCACAUUUAGUGCCAGUAUAUGAUGUUGAGCCAUUAGAAAAAAUAACAGAUGCCUAUUUAGAUCAAUAUUUGUGGUACGAGGCUGAUAAAAGACGCUUAUUUCCACCGUGGAUAAAACCAUCAGAUACUGAGCCUCCUCCGUUACUUGUAUAUAAAUGGUGUCAAGGUAUAUGACAGAUAUAUGACAAUCAUAUCUUAAAAAUAACUAUUUAAAUUUUAAAUUUUUUUUGUGAAACAACUUAAAAAUAUUUUUUAUUAUACAUAUAUAUGCAUAUUCUUUUUUAGGUGUUAAUAAUUUACAAGACGUUUGGGAUGUAAAUGAAGGAGAGUGUAAUGUAUUGCUAGAAUCCAAAUUUGAAAAAAUAUAUGAAAAAAUAGAUUUAACAUUAUUGAAUAGAUUGCUUAGAUUGAUUGUUGAUCAUAAUAUUGCUGAUUAUAUGACUGCUAAAAGCAAUGUUAUAAUAAAUUAUAAGGUUUGCUAUUCAAAUAAAAAAACAAAAAUACAUUCUGUAUGGUAUAAAUUUUAAUAUUAUUUACACAAUUACAGGAUAUGAAUCAUACAAAUAGUUAUGGUAUAGUUAGAGGUUUACAGUUUUCAUCAUUCAUUGUUCAAUAUUAUGGAUUAGUUUUGGAUUUGUUGGUUUUGGGAUUACAAAGAGCAUCUGAAAUGGCAGGACCUCCUCAGAUGCCCAAUGACUUCUUAACAUUCCAAGAUGUUCCUACAGAAAUAGCUCACCCGGUCCGUCUUUAUUGUCGUUAUAUAGAUAGAGUACACAUCUUUUUAAGGUAAUUAUUCAGUUAACAAUAUAAUAAUAAACAGGUAUUGAUAAAAUAUAUUUGUAUUAUAUGUACAAAAAAUGUUAUCUACUAGUAAAUUUUUAUUUUUAAAAAUACAUUAUCUGUAGUAACAUUACCAAUAAAUAUUAUUUUCAUUCCAUGACACAAUUAUUGGUUUAUUAAACUGUACAUUUUGUAUUAAUAGAUUCACUGCUGAAGAAGCAAAAGAUCUUAUUCAGCGUUAUUUAACAGAACAUCCUGAUCCUAAUAAUGAGAAUAUUGUUGGUUAUAAUAACAAAAAAUGUUGGCCUCGAGACGCUAGAAUGCGUUUAAUGAAACAUGAUGUGAACUUGUAAGUUAUUAAAGUCACAAUUUCCUAAUGUGGUAAUUAAUAUUGUUUUAAUUUUUAGAGGGCGUGCAGUAUUUUGGGACAUUAAGAACAGACUGCCUCGUUCAACAACUACUAUUCAAUGGGAAAAUAGUUUUGUGAGCGUUUACUCAAAAGAUAAUCCUAAUUUAUUGUUCAAUAUGAGUGGUUUUGAAUGUCGCAUUCUACCAAAAGUGAGAUAUUUCAUAUAUUAAAUAUUUUUUUUAACCUUUUAGUAGGCGCAUGUGCUCAUUUUGUAUGACAGUUAUAAUCUUUAUGUGGCUUGGUUUAUUAUGGGGUUUAUCCUAUUCUACAAUGACUUAUAUGAUAUAUAUUAAUAUUAAUAAUUGUUAUUAUCAAUGUAUAAUUCAGUGAACUCUGUCCUAUCACACAGAAUACAUAGUGCACCUGAUUGUGAAAUAAUUUUUUUUUGUUAUUCAAAUAAUAUUUUUCUAUUCAUUUUUUGGGUAUAAAAAAUUGUUUAGUCUAUAUUUUAUAUAAAUAAUUUUGUUUUUAUUCAUUAUAUUUUAUAUUAAGUACAAUUAAAAAUUAUGAAAAAAAGUAUGUAUAAAAGCAUAACAUAAUGUAUAAAUAAGAGUAAAAUGUUUCCAAACCAUAUUUGAAUUAAAAAUUCUUUAUUUAUCUUUUUAUAUAAUAAAAUAUAUUUGAAAAAUAUGUGUUGCAUAAAAUACAACACGCGCCUGCUCAUGUAAAAUCUAGAGAUGUAUUUGCUGAAAGGUUUAAUUUAUAUUAUAUAUGUAAAUAAAAUGAAUUUUGUUUUAGUGCCGCACAAUCCAUGAUGAACUUACAAAUAGAGAUGGAAUAUGGAAUUUACAAAAUGAAAUCACUAAAGAAAGAACAGCUCAAUCCUUUUUGAGAGUUGAUGAUGAAUCUUUACAGAGAUUCCAUAAUCGUGUCAGACAAAUAUUAAUGGCCAGUGGAUCUACAACAUUUACUAAGGUUCAGUUUCAUUUAAUUCCUACUUAAAGUUGCAUGUAUAAUUAAAAAUGGAUAUUUUAAAUUUUAGAUUGUCAAUAAAUGGAAUACAGCAUUAAUUGGUCUCAUGACUUAUUUCCGAGAAGCUGUUGUAAAUACCCAAGAAUUAUUGGAUUUAUUAGUGAAAUGUGAAAACAAAAUUCAAACCCGUAUUAAAAUUGGUCUUAAUUCAAAAAUGCCUUCAAGAUUUCCUCCUGUUGUUUUUUAUACUCCUAAAGAACUUGGUGGUUUGGGAAUGUUGUCGAUGGGCCACGUUCUUAUUCCUCAAGUAAAAAGAAAAAAAAUUUAAUAAAAUUUAAAAAAUGUUUAAUUUCGUUUUUUUUUUUUUUUAUAGUCUGAUUUAAGGUGGUCAAAACAAACAGAUGUUGGGAUUACACAUUUCCGUUCAGGUAUGAGUCAUGACGAAGAUCAGUUGAUUCCCAAUUUAUACCGUUAUAUACAACCCUGGGAAUCAGAAUUUAUUGAUUCUCAACGAGUAUGGGCUGAAUAUGCUUUGAAAAGACAAGAAGCAAAUGCCCAAAAUAGGUAAUAUCUAAAAUAUGUGAAAUUUAUUUUGGAAUAUAUUGUUGUAUUGAUCUUAUUUUCAGACGUUUAACUUUGGAAGACUUGGAAGAUAGUUGGGAUCGUGGUAUACCUAGAAUUAAUACUUUGUUCCAAAAAGAUAGACAUACUUUAGCGUAUGAUAAAGGCUGGAGAAUUAGAACAGAAUUCAAACAAUAUCAAGUAAUUUUUAAAUUUUUUUUAUACAAAAAAAGUUUUGUUUUAAACAAAACUGGUUUGAAUAUUUUUAUUCAAUUUUCAAAACAUUAAUAAACUGUAAUAUUGAUGAUAUUUUUUAGGUUUUAAAACAAAAUCCUUUCUGGUGGACUCAUCAACGACAUGAUGGUAAAUUAUGGAAUUUAAACAACUACCGGACAGAUAUGAUUCAAGCAUUGGGUGGUGUUGAGGGUAUAUUAGAACAUACAUUAUUUAAAGGAACUUAUUUUCCAACUUGGGAAGGUCUAUUUUGGUAAACAUAUUAUUUUAUAAGGUUUAUAUUGGCUUAUAUCACUUAAACUUUAUUAAUUAUCAGGGAAAAGGCAUCUGGUUUUGAAGAAUCUAUGAAGUACAAAAAGUUGACGAAUGCUCAACGUUCUGGUUUAAAUCAAAUACCUAAUCGUCGUUUUACAUUAUGGUGGUCACCCACUAUCAAUCGUGCUAAUGUUUAUGUUGGUUUCCAAGUACAACUAGAUUUGACUGGAAUAUUUAUGCACGGUAAAAUUCCUACGCUGAAAAUUUCCCUUAUUCAGAUAUUCAGGGCUCAUUUAUGGCAAAAAGUUCAUGAAUCUAUUGUUAUGGAUCUUUGUCAAGUUAGUAUUAAUUUUUUAUACACAUUUUAGAUUCUAAGUGAAGCGAAAAAUUUUGGUUUUACAAAGAUGUUUAUUUUUUUUUCUGUGGGCAAUUUUCGACCAGAAAUCUUACUCCUAUUCUUAAGUUUAGCACCUUUUCUGAAAAGAAAUCUUACUGGGGAGGUACUGUAGGUAAUUUUUUGAUUUUCCCAAGAGUUUAAUCAACAAAUGGGAAAAUCGGUACAAUAUUAAAUAAAUAUUAUUAAAAGAAAAUAUCUAUGGCAUAGCGCACAGAUGUUGUUAAGUACUGUUUUCUUAAUUUUAUAGGAAUUACAAUGUUCACAUUGAUAUUGGCAACAGAAUUUUGCAUAUAACUCAUUUUACCAAAAUUUAUCACAACAUUUGUGUGCUAUACCAUCAACAUAUAAAGCCAAUUAAAUUACUUUACCAUAUGACAUGAGUAUACUGUAGACAAAACAUCACUAUCAACUGAAUUCUGCUCAGAAUAAUUUUUUUUGUUAACAAUGGUUUAUCAUUGCUUACAGAUAUACAUUAAAUUCCCCUCUAUAUCUUACCUUUCCAACCUCUCACCUACAACAGUGGCUGCUCUCCCGUGAAAAGUAUAUUGCUCUUUUUUUUUAUACAAUUUCUAUUAUAGGUUUUUGAUCAAGAACUAGAUGCAUUGGAAAUUGAAACUGUUCAAAAAGAAACUAUUCAUCCACGUAAAUCUUACAAAAUGAACUCUUCUUGUGCAGAUAUACUACUUUUUGCAUCUUAUAAAUGGAAUGUAUCCAGGCCCUCUCUUUUGGCUGAUUCAAAGUAUGUGCUUUUACAAAACCAGUACAAUAUAAUGAAUUUUUGUUCUUUACUUAUAAUUUUUUGUUAUUUUUAAUUAUUUUAGAGACACAAUGGAUAAUACUACUACACAAAAAUAUUGGUUGGAUGUCCAACUUAGGUGGGGAGAUUAUGAUUCACAUGAUGUUGAACGUUAUGCUAGAGCUAAAUUUUUGGACUAUACUACUGAUAACAUGUCUAUUUAUCCAUCACCUACCGGUGUACUUAUUGCAAUUGAUUUAGCUUACAAUUUGCACAGGUAAUGCAUCAAUUUUUUUUUUAAUUAUGAACUUGCUGUUAUUAUUUAAAGCAAUUUAAUUAUCAAUGAAUAAUUAUUUAUUUAGUGCUUAUGGAAAUUGGUUUCCUGGCUGUAAACCUUUAAUUCAACAAGCAAUGGCCAAAAUUAUGAAAGCAAAUCCUGCUUUAUAUGUAUUGAGAGAACGUAUUCGAAAAGCUUUGCAAUUAUAUUCUUCUGAGCCUACUGAACCAUACUUGUCAAGCCAGAACUAUGGUGAACUGUUUUCUAAUCAAAUUAUCUGGUAAAAAUUAUAAUAGUAAUAUUUGUAUGUAUAUUUAUAAGAAAAGUAAAUAAUAUUUUAUAGUUUAAACAGUUGUUUAUAUUAUUAAUUUUGUAUUUAAAUCAUUUGUUAUUACCUAAUAUAUUAAUGCAUUAAAUUAGCCAAUUUCUUGUUUUAGGUUUGUGGACGACACUAAUGUAUACAGAGUCACAAUCCAUAAAACUUUUGAAGGAAAUUUAACAACUAAGCCCAUUAAUGGAGCUAUCUUUAUAUUUAAUCCUCGUACUGGACAAUUGUUUUUAAAAAUUAUUCAUACAUCAGUAUGGGCUGGCCAAAAACGUUUAGGACAAGUAUAUAUAUUUACAUCAAAGUACAAUAUUUAAUUACCACAAUGUAUAACAUAUUAUUCAUUUUUAGUUAGCCAAAUGGAAAACGGCCGAAGAAGUGGCAGCUUUGAUUCGUUCAUUGCCAGUUGAAGAACAGCCUAAACAAAUUAUUGUAACACGUAAAGGAAUGUUGGAUCCUCUUGAGGUUAAUUUUCAAACUGUUUUAUAUAUGAAUUCUAUGAAAAUAAUAUUUAAUAAACACAAUUAAUAUUUAUUGUAGGUGCAUCUUCUGGAUUUCCCAAAUAUUGUAAUCAAAGGAUCGGAAUUACAACUUCCAUUCCAAGCAUGUUUGAAAGUGGAGAAGUUUGGUGAUCUCAUAUUAAAAGCAACAGAGCCUCAGAUGGUUCUUUUCAACUUGUAUGAUGAUUGGCUCAAAACAAUUUCUUCUUAUACGGUAAAAUUGGAAAAAUUAAAAUAUCAUUAUACUUAAUAAAUUUGUAUUUAAUUUUAAUUUUUUUUCAUAGGCAUUUUCUCGGUUAAUAUUGAUUUUAAGAGCUUUACAUGUCAACACAGAACGUACUAAAGUAAUUUUAAAACCAGACAAAACAACCAUUACUGAACCACAUCACAUUUGGCCAACUCUUAGUGAUGAUGAAUGGAUAAAUGUUGAAGUACAGCUAAAGGAUUUAAUAUUAGCUGAUUACGGAAAGAAAAACAAGUAUGAAUUCAUAAAAUAUUUAAGAUCAUAUUCAAAUUUAUUAAAUAUAACAAUUAUUUUAAUUCUAUUACAGUGUAAAUGUUGCGUCUUUAACACAGUCAGAAAUUCGUGACAUAAUUUUGGGAAUGGAAAUUAGUGCACCGUCAGCCCAAAGACAACAAAUUGCUGAAAUAGAGAAACAAACUAAAGAACAGUCACAAUUAACAGCAACUACCACUAGAACAGUAAAUAAACAUGGAGAUGAUAUUAUUACUUCUACUACUUCAAAUUAUGAAACACAAACUUUCAGGUAAAAAUUUUUAAUUUCUGUACAUGGUUGAUGAUUGUAAAAAAAUUUAUUUUAAUUAUUUUAGCUCGAAAACUGAAUGGAGAGUCCGUGCAAUAUCAGCAACUAAUCUACAUUUACGUACAAAUCAUAUUUAUGUAUCAUCUGAUGACAUUAAAGAAACUGGUUACACAUACAUAUUGCCUAAAAAUGUUCUCAAAAAGUUUGUUACUAUUUCUGAUCUUCGUGCUCAGGUAUGUUGAAAUAUUUUAAGAAAAAAUUAUACUAUAAUUUAUUGUUUCCACAUGUAGAACAUUUUUAAUCAUUUGGUUCUCGGAGCUAUUUGUUUUGAGUAUAAAUUAAAGUUUACUAUUUUGUUACUAUAACUUGUUUUAUUGUUACACAAGUUUUUUUAAAUAUUUCAAAAGUAAAUUAUUAAAAAAAUCAUUAAUUCAUUAAAUUAUUAGAUAUUAAGCUUUGCUGCAAUUAAUAAAAUAAAGUUGAUAAAAGUUCAUGUUUCGGGUUCUAUUAUAAAACGUUGAUCCCUCAUUAGAGUGUUAUGAUAAAUUUUAAUGUUAUUGUUAUGAUUAUCUAAAUACAUUUUAUUGUUUUAGAUUUGUGCUUAUUUGUAUGGCGUGAGUCCUCCCGAUAAUCCUCAAGUAAAAGAAAUCCGUUGUUUGGUAAUGCCUCCACAAUGGGGAACUCAUCAAACAAUUCAUGUACCGUCACAAUUGCCCAAUAACCAUCACUAUCUUACUGAUAUGGAGCCACUUGGUUGGAUUCAUACUCAACCCAAUGAAUUGCCACAACUAUCACCACAAGUACAGUUGCAUGAAUUUAAAUUUAAAAAAAUUGAAUUAUUUUAUUUUUUAAACUUAUAUAUCUAAUUAUUAAUAUUUUUAGGAUAUAAGUACCCAUGCCAGAAUUAUGUCUGAUAAUUCAUCAUGGGAUGGAGAAAAAACCGUUGUAAUUACUUGCAGUUUUACUCCAGGCUCAUGCUCAUUGACAGCUUAUAAAUUAACUCCCAGGUAUAAUGAUUAAUACAUUUUUAUUAAUGGUUAUUUUUAUAUAUAUUUUAAAAUUAUUUUGUAGUGGUUAUGAAUGGGGAAGACAAAAUACUGACAAAGGUAACAAUCCAAAAGGUUACCUCCCAAGUCAUUAUGAAAAAGUACAAAUGCUUUUAUCAGACCGAUUCCUUGGUUUCUUCAUGGUUCCUGCUCAAGGAUCAUGGAAUUACAAUUUCAUGGGUAAAUAUUACAAUAAUUACUUUAUUACCUUAUUACUUGAUAGGAUAUUUAUACCCAUUCGAUAUAAAAUAGAUGUUAUGAAUCCUGUUCUUUAAGGUUGUACUGAACCUACACAUUUUUAUUCAACUCUAUACCGAACUUUUAAAAUAUUUUAUUUAAUUCGCACAUUGAAAAAAGUAAUAAAAAGCUAGGUUCUCAAAUUGCUCGGUUCCCUGAUUUAUAAUUAUCAGACCAACUAAUGCAAAAAAAUAGAUUUUUUUUUUUCUUAACUAGGUUACUUUGUCCCACCACAAAACAUUGUAUUGGUUUGUGACCAAUACAAUGUAAUGAAUGAAAUGUAAUGUAAUGAAUAGAAUCAGCACCAAAUGAUUUUUGAACCAAAUUAUUGGGUAUUUAGUUCAGUUUGAUUUUCGAACAGUUCUGUCACAUCUUUUAUCUGAAACUUACAUUUCACAUCUAAAUAUUUAAAAACACCAUUAACCAAACUCCGCUUAGAAUCAUAAAAUAGCAAUGGUUAAUCGUUGCGUACAAAUAUUAGACCUAAUCAAAUCUAUAUAAAUUUAGUUUUAAUAUAUUUUAUUAUAUUAAUUAUUAACCUUAAAUAUAUUAAACAAUUAAUUUUUGAUAUUCAAAUUUUAGGUGUAAGACACGAUGCUAAUAUGAAGUAUGAACUGCAAUUGGCCAAUCCAAAAGAGUUUUACCAUGAGAUUCAUAGACCUGCCCAUUUCCUCAAUUUUUCAUCUCUAGAAGACGGUGAUGGUGUUGGAGCUGAUCGAGAAGAUGUGUAUGCUUAAUGUGUACAUUAUAAUUAUUUGUUUAAGUUAGAAUUAUUUUAUACUUUGAAAAAAAAAUCUUAGUGUAUUAUAUAUAUUAUUUUAUUGUAUUCAACUCAUCUUAAUAGAAACUGUGUUUUUUUUAAGUAUAAAUAAUAUUGUAUUUUGAUGAGACUAAUAAAAUACUAUGUCCCAAAUUUGA